AUGCCCUCCUGCCCCGCCCGCAGUCUUUACAUGCCCACGAGUGCCAACGACUCGGCUCGAGACCGCCGAGCCUCAUUCUGCUCCGCCCCGAUCCGCUCCGACUCGCAUACACGCACAAAGAGUCAUCUCCACCGCUACACGGCACAAUUAGGCCUUUCGAUCAUCAAAUUGCCCGAGAUCACUGGGCCCCGGUCGUCUGACCCUGACCUCUGGUUUCCAAUUCAACUCACUAAAGGCCUCAUUAAUCAUUCCGAGGCAACUACAAUUUCACAACUACCUUCACCUCCACCCAGUGACCUUUCCGCUAACGCCCCUACCCACCCCCAACCACACCCCAACCCAUACGGACGUAUUUGUCAGUAA